AUGGCAACAGUAAAUGAAACAAUUCAUAUAAUUAUUCGUUGUGCGAAUAAUAAAUAUGCAGAUUUUUCUAUUGAUAUUCUAUCAUCUUCAACUAUCUAUAAUCUCAAACAAACUAUAACAAUAAAUCAUCCAACUAAACCAUUACCAAAAAAUCAACGUUUAAUUCAUUCAGGAAAAUUAUUGGAUAAUAAAAAUAUACUUAAUCAAGUAUUUAUUAAGUCAAAUAUAGAUUCACCAUUCUUGGUACAUCUCGUGCUUGAUUCAGAUAAAAAUGAAAUCUCAUCAACCAUUCCUCAACAAACAACAACAACAGCAGCCAACUCAUCUAGUCAUACCGAACAAUCAUCAUCGACUUCUUUACAUUCAUCUACAUAUGAACGAUAUAUUAAUGAAUUAAAUAAAUAUCAACAACAACUUCAUCAAUUCAUGUCGAAUCCAUAUGGGAUUUGCUUAACAUCUAAUUCUGAUACACAAACAUAUCUACAAUAUUGCCAUACACAUCAUCGAAUGUAUCAAAAUAAUUUUGUUCAUCAACGACCAAUAACAAAUACAUCUAUUCCAUCUCCUUCUAUUACUGUUUCACCUGCAACACCCGUUACAAAUAAUAAUAAUGUCAAUCAAGAAAAUGAUUUAUUACGAACAUUACAUAUUAUCAUUGAAAUCUUUAUUCUUUGCUCAAUUAUUUAUUUUUAUUCAACAUUUAAUCAUUUUUUUCUUAUAUUUAUUAUUUUUGCAUUAGUAUAUUUACAUUGUCGUGGUUAUUUAUCUAUUCAACAACGUCGACAUGCACAAAAUCAACAAAUACCACAUAUAGUUGAACAAGCAGCAGGCAAUGAUGUUGAACAAGGAAUGAAUGAAGAAAUUGAUAUAGAACAAAUACAAAAUGAUGAACAAAAUUCUAAUGAUAUACAGCUUCAAGAAUCUUCUACCGUUACACCGCCUACAACAGAAUCUGCUACUGAUAAUCAAAUAACACCAGCACGUCUAUUAUUUACAGCUGUAUCAACAUUUUUUUCAUCAUUAAUUCCAGAAAGACCUCAACAACAUAUUUAA